AGAGCCCAGCAAUGAUGUUUUCAGUGACAUUUUAACAUCCAAUCAAGACAGUUCCCGAUUCAUGAUGCAAGGAGAUAUCGCUGUGAAAAGGAACAGGAAUGCUGUCAUCUGUAGAGGAAAAUCUUGUCUGUGGCCGAAAUCCAAAGACGGAACGGUCACGGUGCCCUACACCCUGUCUGACAACUACACAUCGGAGGAGAAAGCGAUGAUCCAGGCUGCCAUGGAGGAGGUGACUGUUGUGACUUGCAUACGGUUUGUUCCUCGCCAUCAAGAGCCAAACUACCUAAGAAUCCAACCUUAUGAUGGAUGUUGGUCGUAUAUUGGACGGGUUGGUGGUGCACAGGAGCUAUCCCUCAUAAAGCCCAGAUGUCUACACUGGGGUAUAAUACAACACGAGCUACUCCAUUCCCUGGGCUUCCAGCAUGAGCAGUGCCGCAGUGACCGUGACAAGUACAUCCGCAUCAACUGGGGAAACAUCAACCAAGACAAGGAGCGUAACUUCUACAAAAUGAGCACCCAAAACCUGGGAAUGCCGUACGAUUACCUGUCUGUUCUGCACUAUGGCAAAUUUGCCUUCGCCAAUGAUGCUGGGAAGCCCACCCUGGAGCCCAUAGGGGACCCCAAAGCUGCGAUUGGCCAACGCGUUGGGUUGAGUUCUCUGGAUGUUGUGAAGAUAAACAAACUCUAUGGAUGCAAUAUGUGCAGCUACCUUCUGCCAGAUCACCAUGGUACCUUCUCUUGGGACUCCAAAGAGCAUCCAAAUGUCUCUACUUGUGUCUGGCUGAUCCGGAUCCCGGAAGGCAAGGUCUUCCUGCAGUUUGAGAAGUUCAGUGUCCAGCCUUCUUCAGCCUGCAACCAAGCCUCUGUGACUGUCUAUGAUGGGAUGAGCAGAGAGGCCCCAGUCGUCAUGCCCGGUACAUGUGGAAAGAUGCGCCCACUUGGCCAUGUGGCUUCUGGAAAGCUCCUGAGAAUUGAGUCCACCAGCAGAGGGAGAGAGGCCAGCUUUAAGGCCAGAUACAAUACCAUAAAUUGUGGGGAAUCCUUUAACAGCUCGACUGGAAACUUCUCUUCUCCUGGUUUUCCAGCGCUGUACCCUAAUUCCAUGGACUGUGUAUGGGUGUUUUCUGCUCCUCCUGGCCACAAGAUUACAGUAAGCAUUGCUCCCAUCAGCCUGGAAUUGUCCACAGGCUGCUCUUACGACUAUCUUCUCUUUCAAGAUGGACGAAGGCAGAAGAGAACAUGUGGAGCCAUUCCCAAGCUGAGUUUUACAUCUGCUAGCAGUUCUCUGAUGGUUUACUUUCACAGCGACACUUCAGUCCAGGCCAAUGGCUUCUUCGCUACGUACUCUUUGAUAUUUGCAAUGGCCUUCUGUAAUCUCUGCACACCUCAGAUCUCAACUGACCGAUUACACCUCAAUGUCCUGCCUCCUAUGUGA